ACUGGUCAGAAGGCACGAGGUCCGUCCGUUCUCCUGAUGGUUUCCAAUGUGGAUGGAUCAUUCGAUCGAAGACCGUGACUCGGACAAGUUGUCAAGAAGGUACCGAUCCAAUUUCAUAGACGAUUUUCAAUAGUGAAAAACAGAUCGAUAGAACCGAAAGUAACCAGAGCAUUUUAAAAGAAUUCAAAAAUGCGCGGGGAAAUAUUUUUCUUGAUCGUUUUCAUCGCUAGCGCUAUAGCUAUGCCCACGGAUAGCAGGGAGGAAGAAUCUCGUCUCAGUAACGAGAUCCUUCCUGGAGUAAUCGAGGUGCAAGACGAAACUUCACAGGAAGUUAUUACAACGACCAAAGAGGAAGCGAUAACAACGAGACAACCAGCUUUGGAUGACCCACCAACUGUGAAGCCUGGAAUUCGCAAGACACCCAAACAAAAUGGUUCUACGGUUUCUCAGACCUUUUCUCGUGUGAUUGAUGACAUCUUCAAUAUUCCGAUUUCCGUCUUGCGCGCAGUAAAUACUCUGUUAAACAAUGCAUUUGGUAACAAAUCGACACCGGCAUCUUCGGCGGGAGUGACGUCAAUACCAGAGGUUUGAAAGAAGAGGGAAGAAAUAACGUUAAAAAUAAUUUUGAAAAAUUAAGAUAUCGAAACCUCUUCUCAUCCCAACCAACGACGUCAUAAGUACGAUUUAAAAAUGUAAUUUAUAAGAAAAAAAAGAAAAUUGCGUGUAUUGGCUGUUUGGUCGUAAAAGAAAAGUAAGCGUCCGUUUGGUUAGAAUGAUAACAGGCAACGUAACCGGAUAUAGAUUUAAUAAAGAGAAAUAUUCUCGUAUCCACAGUGAAUAGACAUAGAUAAGUGGGUAAAAUCACGUAUACCUUUAUACAGUAGAUACAUACGUGGUUAGAUUAGGCAAUACGUGAGUACUUGCGUCACGUCACCAAUUGUACAAAAUUGUGUGGAAACAUGCAAUUUUCUAUAUGUACUUACGAUUGUCCUUCUGCUCGUCCUUCCUUUGUUGUUUAUCUUUGUCUCGCACCGUCCAGCUUUAUAUUAUAUAUAUUUUCUACCAAUGACAUACAUAUUUCGCAUAAAGGUUGAUUUCGCAUGAUGCAUGUUCCAUUGAUAUAACGAUCACUAUUUAUUGUAUUGUUUGUAUCGUCAAUAAAGAUGCUACACGACUGAA